AAAGCCAGCCAGGGAUUAUGUGUCAGUUCCGAGGGAGCUGUUUGAACAGUGGGACGGAGAGGGAGCUAGAGACUCUUCUCCUGCUCCAGCUGCCAUCCUACUCCUGCUCCUCCCCCUCCUCCUCCUCCUCCUCUCCACCAGAACCACUUCUCUUUCUCAUCACAUCCAGAGCACUUUGGCGAUGUGACAUAUAGGACGAUUGGUGAUAUUGACCAACCUGUGCAUUGACACGACCUCUUGACCUCAUCUUCAGCAUGAAUGGUGACAUGCCUCAUGUUCCCAUCACUACUCUUGCUGGAAUUGCUAGCCUAACAGACUUGUUGAACCAGCUUCCUUUGCCUUCUCCCCUACCUGCCACCACUGCUAAGAGCCUCCUCUACAAUGGAAGGAUCUCAGAAGAGGUCAGCAGCCUGCUGGUGUGUCGAGACGAGAGUCUAGUGACUCAGCUGGCGCAUAGCCUUAACCAGGUUUCCACCGAACACAUAGAGUUGAAGGACAACUUGGGCAACGAUGAACCCGAGGGCGACAUGCCAAUGCUCCUACAAACUUUGCUGUCCAGGAAUCCCAAAAUCUUCAGGGACAAAAGUAUGCAAACCCAGCACAAGGUUCUGGGUGGUGUAAUGCUGCAGCCAAUAGUGCAGCAGUAUAAGAUUACUCAGAAUCAGGUCCAUGGGAGUCCAGCCUCAAACUAUCAGCAAACCACUGUCCCUCAGAGCCCCUCUGGAUGCUUUACAUCACCGCAGUCUGGUUCAGGGCCACGCUUUGUACCCCAGCAGAACAGCCCUAUACCUAGUCCCUACACACCCCAAAGUCCCGCGGACUACAUGCAGUACAAUCCACCCAGUUAUUCCCAACACCAACACGCUCAGCAAGUUACGAGUGGCUUGAGAAAUAUCCAUGACAGCAAAGUCUCUGGACAUCUAUCAACUGAUUUAUCGAAUCACAAUGCAAGACUGGGCUCAGAUGAAGACUACAUGAACGUGGCUCACAGACUGGGAAAUGAGGAGCAUGAUUCUCCAAUGAAGGCUGCCGCAUUUUCAGUGAGAUCCCCACAGUCGGCAUGUUCUCCAGCUGGGAGUGAAGAGACUGUACAAAGGUCUAGGCCUUCCCUCAUAAUGCAGUCGCCUCCAGCUGAUGUGCCACGAGGUGCACCGCCUGACCAAAUCCUCACCUCGUCUGAUCGCAAGAAGAAACAUAAGGAGAGGAGUAAAGAAGAAAGUGAUCCGAUGGAAAAAAAUGCCUUGUACGACAUAGUUAGUUCACCAAAAGACUCGACCAAGCUGACCUUAAAACUGUCCAGAGUAAAGGUUCAAGACGUGGAUCAAUCUGAGGAGCUUCCCCCUGAGGCACAUAUGGAAUUGGACCAUGAAACAGUUAUGAUCAAUAAUAAUAAUAAUAACCAGUUAUCAAAACCUGCCCAGGAAGUUCCAAACAAGUUAGGAGCUGACGAUCAAGCAAACUGUCAACAGGCUGCUGUGCGGUCAAAUACCAUUGAAACUGGUGUCACUGGCAGAGUUUCCUUUGAUGAUACAGAGAUAGACACACUUGCAGAGAUUGAGAGGAUAGAACGCGAGUCAGCCAGUGACCGAGAACGAUGGUCUAAAGAAGUUCAGGACAAAGACAAGCCGCUGAAGAAACGGAAACAAGACUCCUAUCCCCAGGAACCCGGGACAGAGUCAAAUGAUGGGGCUGCCACUCAUGGGGGCAACAGUGUCAGCAAGAUGACACCCAAGAAGACGAAUGCUGCAAGUAAUGGUGCCAGUCGGCCUGCUUUGAUGGUCAGUAUCGAUCUACAGCAAGCUGGCAGAGUAAUAGGACAGCCUGUAGUGGUCUUGGAAUCACAGCCGCUGUGUGAGGAUCACCUACGUCGUCUGAAGUCAAACCCCGAUGGAAAGGUCAAAAGGGUUGGUGAUGACAGACCUGGGAUCAUCAAGCAGCAUGCUGACACUCUCCAGAAGUCUGGCUCAGAUGGACAACCGGAAAUGUAUAAACAGAAGCAGGAAAGCCAGCGUGAAUCAAAACACAGACAUGACGACAAAAGUGACAGCAGCAAGGGACCGUCAGAUGACAGAAGGCCAGACCCCUCACGGCAGAAACUUGACAAGCAUUCAAAGUCACGCCACAAAGAGGAAAAGAAUCACAACAGCCACCGAAUGCUUGAAAACCGACCCGACACCCCAAAAAACACGAGCAAGACAGAGCGCUCGAGACAUGGAGAAGACAAAGGCAGGGAUAGAGACAGGGAUAAGGACAGAGAAAGACACAAGGAUAGAGAUAGAGCAAGAGACAGGGACAAAGAGAGAAAGAAAGAGAGAGACAAAGCCAAGGACAGGGACAGGAAACAGAAGAUGUUAAGAGAAAACUGCAGUCGAAACUUAGCUGACCCGCAUACUAAACCUGACAGCACCAGACUAAAGCACGAUGGAAGCAAAAAAUCAGCUGACCCCAAUAGUCGACAGAGGACAGGCAAUUCCAGCCUUAAAAAUCCCCAAAAUAAGGACCAAAAGACAAGCGAGGACGGCAACAUUAAGUGCCAAGCUGGAGACAAACGUCAGUCCUUUGAGGCCAAACCGAGCGAAUUCCCCUCGUACCUGCUGGGUGGCAAGUCAGGGACCCUGAAGAACUUUGUGAUUCCUAAAUUGAAACGAGAUGGAAAAGAUAAAGAUCCCCCAAAUAAACUAGUAGAAGGCUGGAGCGAACCGCGAGUAAGGCUGGAGAGAGUCUCAUUGGUAGAUAACUUAAACAAAGGAGCUAAACCCGUUGUCGUGGUUAAAAAACUCAGCGUUGAUGAGGUGAAAAAGAUCAUUAAGGAAAGCAGGAACGCGCACGGCUCCAGAUCCAGGAACUGGUCAUUUUGUGAGAGGACAAACAAGCGAAGCCACAGUAUGAUUAGCAAGAGAUCCAAAUAUGCUGAGUUGGCCUCGGAUGAUGACCAAGACAAGGAUGACGAUGAAGACUCUGACAAUGAGCAUGCAAGGAAAAAGAAAAAGAAAGACCACGAUAAGACGUGGAAGCAUGAAGAGAGAAGAGGUUCUGGAGAACACCGUCGAAGUGGAGGUUUUCAUAACGCUCGCCGAGGGUCUGGUAGCCGUCAGCGCGACUGGAGAGAUGAAGAUUCAGAUGAAGGCUCUCUCCCACCGAGCCUGAGUGAUGUUGCCAGAAAGCAGAAGAAAAAGGAUAAACUGAAAAACAGGAAGAUUUAUGAUUCCAAGUUGACACCAGAGGAGAUGAUGGACUCCUCCACAUUUAAGAGAUUUGCAUCGAAUAUUGACAGCGUUCUUGAGAAUCUCGAAGACGUGGACCUCACUGCCGCAGAUGAUGAUGAUGAAAUACCUCAAGAGCUCUUACUUGGAAAGCAGCAGCUGAGUGAGCUGGGCAGCGAUUCUGCUAAGAUUAAAGCUAUGGGCAUCUCUAACAAGUUUUCUUCUAGUAAACUGGUGAAGUUUUUGAAUAUUUUGGAGAGGAACAUUCAGGACAGCGUCAAACUUUCUACACUAAUGAACCAUGGUAAUGACUCCAUGGAUGAGGAGCGGUUGUGGCGCAACCUCAUCAUGGAGCGAGUGACCAAGUCGGCCGAUGCUUGUUUGACUGCACUCAACAUAAUGACAUCUCCGCACAUGCCAAAGGCUGUUUAUAUAGAAGAUGUGAUUGAGAGGGUGCUGCAGUACACCAAGUUCCAUCUGCAAAACUCUUUGUACCCUCAGUAUGACCCAGUCUACAGAGUGGAUCCCCACGGAGGUGGCAUGCAUACUUCAAAGUCCAAGAGAGCCAAAUGUUCUACCCACAAACAGAAGGUGGUAGUCCUGCUCUACAACAAAGUGUGCGAUAUCAUCAGCAGCAUCUCUGAGCUCCUUGAAAUCCAGCUGCUUACUGACACCACAAUUCUGCAGGUGUCCACCCUUGGCAUUACACCAUUUUUUGUGGAGAAUGUUAGUGAACUGCAGUUAUGUGCCAUCACACUAGUGACUGCGGUGUUUUCUCAUUACAAGAAGCACAGGCAGCUCAUUCUUGAAGAGAUUUUCACCUCCCUGGCCAGACUGCCGACUAGUAAACGCAGCCUGAGGAAUUUCAGGCUGAACAGCAGUGACUCAGAUGGAGAACCUUUGUAUAUCCAGAUGGUCACAGCCCUUGUUCUUCAGCUCAUCCAGUGUGUGGUCCACCUUCCCUCUGAGAAAGAGACAGAGGAUGAGCACAAUAAGAAGGUGGAUAAAGAUGUUCUUAUUACAAACUCUUAUGAAACUGCCAUGAGGACAGCUCAGAACUUCUUAUCUGUGUUCCUCAAGAAGUGCGGCAGUAAACAGGGAGAGGAGGAUUACAGGCCGCUGUUUGAGAACUUUGUUCAUGACCUGCUGUCUACAGUUAACAAGCCUGAGUGGCCUGCUGCUGAGCUGCUCCUGAGUUUACUGGGCCGGUUGCUGGUGCACCAGUUCAGUAACAAGCAGACAGAAAUGGCACUUAGGGUGGCAUCGCUGGACUACCUUGGCACUGUCGCUUCCCGUCUGCGUAAAGAUGCUGUCACUAGCAAGAUGGACCAAAAGGCUAUUGACCGCAUCCUCAGAGAGACUGAAGGCAGCGACGAGAUACCAAAACUACAGAAGGCUUUGCUCGGCUACCUAGAUGAGAACAUUGAGACGGAUCCAUCAUUGGUGUUUGCUAGGAAGUUUUAUAUUGCCCAGUGGUUCAGGGACAUUACAAGUGAGGCAGAAAAGGCAAUGAAGUCUCAAAGUGAGGACGACGAGGACUUGAAAGGUCACCAUCAUUCCAGGGAUGUUGACUCGACCGCCGAGAUCAUGCAGAAGGCGGAGGCAAGGAAGAAAUUCCUCCGCAAGGCCGUCAAGACGUCAACAUCGCAUUUCAGUUCCCUGAGGAUGAACUCUGACACAAUAAACUACAACGACUCCUGUCUGAUUGUUAGAUAUCUGGCCUCCAUGAGGCCGUUUGCACAAAGCUUUGAUAUUUAUUUAUCACAGAUCCUGAGAGUGCUGGGAGAGAGCGCUAUUGCAGUCAGAACUAAAGCUAUGAAGUGUCUCUCUGAAGUAGUGGCUGUAGAUCCAAGUAUCCUGGCACGGCUGGACAUGCAACGUGGGGUUCAUUGUCGCCUCAUGGACAACUCCACCAGUGUGCGAGAGGCUGCUGUGGAGCUCCUCGGCCGUUUUGUGCUAAGUCGACCUGAGCUCAUUGAGCAGUACUAUGACAUGCUCAUUGAAAGGAUACUGGACACAGGCAUCAGUGUGAGAAAAAGAGUCAUUAAGAUCAUGAGGGAUAUUUGUCUAGAGCAGCCAGACUUCCACAAGAUCACCGAGAUGUGCGUGAAGAUGAUCCGGAGGGUCAACGAUGAAGAAGGGAUCAAGAAACUGGUGAAUGAGACAUUCCAGAAACUCUGGUUCUCCCCGACGCCGAGCCACGACAAAGAAGCCAUGACCAGAAAGAUCCUGAACAUCACAGACGUGGUGUUGGCAUGUAAAGACUCAGGCUACGACUGGUUUGAGCAGCUUCUCCAAAAUCUGCUGAAAUCAGAGGAGGAUGCUUCGUACAAACCUGCAGGGAAGGCUUGUGUUCAGCUAGUGGACAAUCUAGUGGAACAUAUACUAAAAUAUGAGGAGUCUCUUGCGGAUUGUGAGGACAAAGGGGUCAGCUCAGGUCGUCUGGUAGCGUGCAUCACCACUCUCUACCUGUUUAGUAAAAUCAGGGCAGAGUUAAUGGUUAAGCAUGCCAUGACUAUGCAGCCCUACCUGACCACCAAGUGCAAUAGUCAGAACGACUUCAUGGUGAUAUGCAACGUGGCUAAGAUCCUGGAGCUGGUCGUGCCUCUGAUGGAACACCCGAGUGCGACUUUCCUCACUACCAUCGAAGAAGACCUAAUGAAGCUUAUCAUCAAAUACGGCAUGACGGUUGUGCAACACUGUGUGAGCUGUCUUGGUGCUAUCGUGAACAAGGUCACACACAACUACAAGUUUGUUUGGGCUUGUUUUAAUCGGUACUAUGGAGCGUUAGCAAAACUCAAGACACAGCACCAAGAGGAUCCCACCAGCUCCACCCUGGCUGCUAACAAACCCACUCUUCUGCGCUCGCUCUUCACUGUGGGGGCUCUGUGUCGACACUUUGAUUUCGAUCAAGAAGAGUUCAAAGGUGCUAACAAGAUUGUCAUCAAGGACAAAGUGUUGGAGCUUCUGCUGUAUUUCACUACUCACGAAGAGGAGGAGGUCCAGAUCAAGGCAAUCAUAGGUUUAGGGUUUCAGUUCAUCAUGCACCCAGAGCUCAUGUUUGUGCAGGAGUUGAAGGUUCUUUAUAACAGCAUCCUGUCGGACGAGAACAGUUCAGUCAAUUUGAAGAUCCAGGUCCUCAAAAACCUGCAGACAUACCUGCAGGAGGAGGACUCUCGAAUGCAGGAGGCUGACCGUGAAUGGAAGAAUAAAGCCAAGCAAGAGGAUCUCAAGGAAAUGGGGGACAUCUCAUCGGGCAUGAGCAGCUCCAUAAUGCAGAUUUAUUUGAAGCAGGUUCUGGAGUCCUUCUUCCACUCGCAGUCCACAGUUCGGCACUUUGCCUUGAGUGUCAUCACCCUGACUCUUAGUCAGGGCCUCAUUCACCCUGUACAGUGUGUGCCCUACUUGAUCGCUAUGGGAACAGACCCGGAGCCAACAAUGAAGAACAAGGCCGAUCAGCAGCUGGUGGAGAUCGACAAAAAAUACUCAGGCUUUAUUCAUAUGAAGGCUGUCGCAGGGCUGAAGAUGUCUUAUCAGGUGCAACAGGCCAUAAAUGGAUCCAAACACGCUGUCAUUCGUGGUUUCCGUCACGACGACUCCGACUCGGCUCUCUGCUCUCAUCUCUACACCAUGGUCCGUGGGAACCGCCAACAUAGACGGGCUUUUCUAAUUUCCCUGCUCAACCUGUUUGACGACAGCUCUAAAACAGAGGUGAACAUGCUGCUGUUCAUAGCAGAUAACUUGGCCUGCUUCCCUUAUCAGACCCAGGAGGAACCUCUUUUCAUCAUGCAUCAUAUAGACAUUACCCUGUCUGUCUCUGGUAGCAACUUGCUCCAGUCAUUUAAAGAGUGUUUACAGAAAGAGCCUAUAAGGCAUGAAAAGAAGAUGAAGAUGAAUAAGAAAAAGAAAAAGAAGAAGCAUUCUCGCAGGAAGAGCUACAGCUCUGAUGACGACGACGAUGAUGAAAAGGAUGAUGAAAGCAGCAGCACAUCCAGCAGCAGUGACGAGGAGGAAGAUGUAGUGCAGAGGAAAAAGGGUUCCGAUUCCGACUCUGACCUGGACGAUGAGGACGCAGUGAUGGACCGUCUGCCUGAAAACACCAAACCUCUGCUGGAGUUUGCUAGUGCGUCACAGGGCAUUUUGCUGCUGCUGGUGCUCAAACAGCAUUUGAAGAAUCUGUACGGCUUCUCGGACAGCAAAAUCCAGAAGUAUUCACCGACAGAGUCUGCCAAAGUAUAUGACAAGACAGUGAACAGGAAAUCUAAGGUGCACUUCAACCCUAGUCAGACACUGGAUUACCUAAGGAGUGAUCUGGCCAACACAGAUCUCAGCUACGAGGCCAAGAAGAACAUUGCAAAACAGUAUUUGGAUUUCAAGGUUCUAAUGGAUCAUUUGGAUCGGGAUGAAGAGGACGAGGACGGUGAAGCAAAUGCCAAUGCCAGAAACAAAGCCAUUACUUCACUGCUGAGGGGUCCAAAACCCCGAAACCACAACCACAGUAAUCAUGCAGCUCCAGUGGAGACAGAUGAUGAGGAGAGCGAGGAUGAAGAUCCCCCUGCUCGAAAGCCAAGGAAAGGUGGAGACUGUGCAGAGGAUUCAGGUAACAUGAACGAGACAGUAGAGGUAAUGGACAUCGUAGCCAUCUACUGUCGCAAAUACAAAGACAGACCGCAGAUUGCCAGGGUCGUCCAGAAGACCAGAAAUGGCUACAGUAUACACUGGAUGACUGGAUCUUACUCUGGACCCUGGGCUGUCGCAAAGAAACGGGACGGCCGCAAAAAGGUGCCUUGGGUUGACAAUAUCAAGGAGUCGGACAUUAUUUGCAAGAAAAUCUCUUUGACAAGCGGACAGAAGCUCACGAACAAAGUGGCACAGACGUUACGGGCGCUGUACGCUGCCAAGGAGGGGACUAAGAGUUAAUCAAAGAGAUUAGUGAAACAUCUUGCACAGCUCAACACUAUGGAUCCAAUAUGUUACAUACACAGAAGUUAGAUUAACGUCCUGGUGGUGGAAGAGUGUUGUAAACACGUCUGUCUAAAUACACACGUGUUCAAAGGCAAGAAAAAGACAAGAAGGAAAUGUUUAGGAAAACAUUGUGUGGGAGUUCCUUCGCUGUUGUGCAGCAACUUGGUUGUUUGAUUUUUACUCCCACUGUAUUAUAGAUGAACUAAAAAAACGUGUUUAUAUCUGAACAUAAUUCUGUAAAAAAAAAAACAAAGUGAAUGUUGGAAAUUAGUGUAUUGAUGAUGUUCUUAAUAAAGUGGUUUUUGAAUUUAAA